AUGCUUCGCCCUCACUGUAGGAGCAAGCCCAGUCAAGCUAUGCUGAGCUUAGGCUUUGGCCAUGGCGUUGUUGCGUUUGAAGGAAACAGCAAUGUGUGGAUAGUUGAUUCUAAGGCUGACGGUCUUGUACUACCAAAGGGUGGAUAUGAUUUAGACAAAUACUUGGAUAUGAAAGACUGUUUGGUACGCGAUGCUGAAGAGGAAGCUAGAGUUUCCAUCAUGAGGAGUUCUAUUGUAUCUUCUUCUAUUGACGAUGGCUUAGUGCAUCAGUUUAAGUGCAAACUGUAA